AUGAGGGCCACAUUCUCUCUACUUCUUCUCGCCGUCCACACCGCCGUUGUUAGUUCUGCUGUCCUCGACACCAUCAUCGAUGAGGUCAAGAGGGAAUAUCAGGAGGUCACGAAUCGUAUCGCGACUUCGCCUGGCAUUCCCGUCGCUCAACCGAUGACGCCUUACUGGACUAUUCCUGUGUCUCCGAUCUCACAACAUGGCAAGGACGAUCCUUUGCCACAAGACUCGGAUGUUGUUGUCAUUGGAAGCGGCGUCACUGGCUUAGCUGUGGUUCAUACUCUCCUUGAAUCCUCUGCCAAAAAGCAGUUGCGAAUUGUAAUGUUGGAAGCUAGAGAUGCGACCUCGGGUGCGACUGCUAGGAAUGGCGGUCACAUAACUCCCAAUCUCUACAACGACUAUUCAGACCUGAAGGAAGCAUAUGGUAUCGAUGUCGCAAAGCAAAUCAUUAACUUUCGCUUUUCCCAUAUCGACGCGUUCCUGAAUGUCUGUAAAGCUGUCGACGUCGGCGCAGACAGUCAGUGCCGCAAAGUCGACACCUUCGAUCUCUAUCUUGACCAGGAGGAAUUCAACACUGGCAAAGCCAACCUCGAGGCCUACUUGCAGGACUUCCCCGAACAAAGGCCGAUUUGGCGAAUCGUCGAUAACCUUGACUCAAUUCAAGUGUCGCCCGAAACUGUUGCUGGCGCCAUCACCACUACUGCUGGUGCCCUGCACCCUUACCGCUAUGUCACGAGCGUUCUGUCCUACCUUCUUUCCAAGCAUUCUCAGACCUUCCAGCUCUUUACAAACACUCCCGCCCUCGAGAUCACAUCUGACGCUUCUGGCUACAGCAUCAAGACCUCCAGAGGGACGAUUCGCACGCAGAAUGUUGUCCAUGCGACCAACGGCUGGGCAUCCCAUCUUCUCCCUAAAUUGCGUGGCAAGGUCAUCCCUAUCCGGGGCCAUAUGACUGCCCAUCGUCCCGGCACUAAUAUGGGCGCGUUCCCAGUCAACUCUCCAAACCCACAGGCCAACAACUCCUGGGCGGGCACACGUUCAUUCACCAUCUCCGGCGCAAGCACCUACAACUAUCUCACCCAACAGCUUCCGGCCUCUGCUUCCAUUCCUGGCGGCAAAUUCCCGGCUUCCAACGGAGAGUUCAUGUUUGGCGGUGGCCUCGAUGCGUCUUCCAUUACCACUGUCCUGCCAGAACUCGGCGUUGCGGACGAUCACAAGCCAGUUGAUCUCACUCUUGGCGGCUAUCUGAGUGGCGCGCUGAGCAUGUACUUUGGCAAGCACUGGGGUCCGGAAGGUCGUCCCGACAAGCCCGAGUCAGACGAGCUCAACCCUGGCCGCGUGCUGAAGGUCUGGACGGGUAUUCUCGGCCUCUCGGCCGAUUUCCGGCCUUGGAUCGGCCGGAUACCUGCCGCGCUCACUGAUCGCGCAGAGCCGAAGAAGUCCGACGUGACAGCACCUGGCGAGUGGAUUGCCGCCGGUUACUCGGGCGAAGGCAUGGCCCACGCCUUCCUCGCCGGCAAGGCGGUUGCAGAUAUGAUACUUGGUACUCCUGAUGUAAAGGUCCCCGAGCCUUUCGUCAUCACGGAGGCUCGCUGGGAGCGGGCGAGUCUUGAAAACUUGGUGGCGGGCGCAUUGUAG